CCACAAUGCCUCAGUCCACGAAAAAGAGAGCUGCGAAAAAGGCAGCGGUUUCCAUUCAUUUGGGUAUCAGGAGAGCGUGAAGAGAAAUAACAGCCCCGCGUUCUUCCCCGUAUAAAUGGAGGCGCGACCUUAACGAACAAAACGGGUUAUUUUAAACAUGGCGAAAGAUCAAGAAGUCGAGCGCAUCGCCAAAAAGCUGGACAAAAUGGUGCACAAAAACAACACGGAUGGCGCUAUGGACCUUUUAAGAGAACUGAAGAACAUGAAGAUGUCACUAGAGACCCUGCAGUCCACACGGAUUGGGAUGUCUGUGAAUGCUGUUAGAAAGCAGAGUUCAGACGAGGAGGUACAAACUCUAGCCAAGUCUCUCAUCAAGACCUGGAAGAAGCUGCUUGAUGGUUCUGAAGGCAAGUCAGAGGAGAAGAAAAAGGGGCUACCCCCCCUUCAGUCGUCAUCGAAAGACAGUGCUGGAUCCAGUGACUUCAGUAAAAAAACUGAGACGUCAAAAGCUCCCAGCACCCCUACGACCCCCACGACCCCUACGACCCCUAAGAUGACCUCAUUUCCCCCUCCCCCAGUUACCACUGACAGUGUACGCAAUAAAUGCAGAGAGCUGCUCGUGUCGGCGCUGCAGACAGACGAUGACUACAAAACAAUUGGAGCAGACUGUGAAGCUUUGGCAGCAGAGAUCGAAGAUUGCAUCUACAAAGAGUUCAAAUCUACCGACGUGAAGUAUAAGUCUCGGUUGAGGAGCCGCAUCUCCAACCUGAAAGACCAGAAGAACCCAGACCUGCGGCGCAACGUACUGUGUGGAAACAUCAGCUGUGAACGCAUCGCCAGCAUGACUGCAGAGGAAAUGGCAAGUGCUGAGCUGAAAGAGAUAAGGAAGGCACUAACUAAAGAGUCUAUCCGGGAGCACCAGCUCUCUAAAGUAGGAGGCACUGAGACUGAUAUGUUUGUCUGUGGAAAGUGCAAGAGCAAGAGCUGCACCUACACGCAGGUUCAGACUCGCAGUGCAGAUGAACCCAUGACCACAUUUGUAAUGUGCAACCAAUGUGGCAAUCGGUGGAAGUUUUGUUAAGAAGCGUCAGGAUUCUUCAUGUAAUCAAGUGACAGAUUAACAUUGUUAUAAGGUACAUUUUGUUACUUUUUUUUCAAAAGAAAUGUCAUUUUUAUACUCAUUUCAUAGCUUUGUAAUAUAUUCUGUAUGCAUAUUGCUGUAUAUGCAAAAAAAAAAAAGCAUUUGAUGUAAAUUUUUAUUUUAUAGCAUCUUUUGUACUGGGAGUAUGUUCAUUACCUUUAAGCACUUGAGUUAAUUGGACUUUGUAAGUCAGCAUUAGCUCAUUUGAUACUGCUUUUUGCCCCCCCCGAUGACACACUCUCUGCUUUCAAUGCUAAGAUUGUCAUGCUUAAAGAUUUGUACAAAUUCUUUUGCACAUCAGUAAGAUUUGUGAAAGUGUGUUGUAGAUAUGCAUACACGGAUUAUGCAUUCAGUAACAUUAUUUUACACUUUAUUUGGAUAGUCGUUUGUAGAUGCUUCUUGAAUUUCCAGUGAUCAUUGAAUAAAUGAAUAAAAAGUUCCAAGUAUACAGUAGCUUGAAGUGCAUUUGGUCACCUGGAGAAAUAACUGAUUAGUCUGUAGAUCAUCUAUAGGAGACCUUCCAGAUAAAGUGGAACUUUUUGUUUUCUUUUGCAGCUGAAUAAUGUGUGAAAAGUGGAUCUGAUUGAUAUUUGACAUGUAUGAUAAACUUGUAGACCAGUUGGUCUUAAUAAAUUUGGAAAAACA